ACUGAACUUUUGCCUCGAAACAAAUGACACGUCAAGUGAAUUGGUUAUUGGGAGACAAACAGUGAAAUAAAUCGGCAAUAAAUUACACAAUUCAAUAACAAAUUCCGUAUAGAAAUCGUGGACAGCGUUGCCGCUUAGUUUGGUGCAAAGAUGACCCAAGUGCCGUGUUACACGAUCAUCAACUCGCCGGACCUCGAGGUGCCGAACGAGAUGCAGCUGAAGCAAGACCUCGAAAAAGGCGACACGAAUGUGAAAAUUGAGACGCUGAAGAAGGUGAUCAAGCUAAUGCUAAAUGGCGAACGCUAUCCCGGCCUCAUCAUGACCAUCAUACGUUUCGUGCUGCCCGUGCAAAAUCACAUGAUCAAAAAGCUGUUGCUCAUUUUCUGGGAAAUCGUGCCCAAGACCUCCGCCGAUGGCAAGCUGCUCCAGGAGAUGAUACUCGUGUGCGAUGCCUAUCGCAAGGACUUGCAACAUCCGAAUGAGUUCUUGCGUGGCUCCACGUUGCGUUUUCUGUGCAAGCUGAAGGAGCCGGAGUUGCUGGAGCCUCUGAUGCCGGCCAUACGCGCCUGCCUGGAUCAUCGGCACUCGUACGUGCGCCGCAACGCCGUACUGGCCAUUUUCACCAUAUACAAGAAUUUCGACUGGCUGGUGCCCGAUGGCCCGGAGCUGAUUGCCAACUUCCUUGAUACACAGCAGGACAUGUCGUGCAAGCGCAACGCCUUCCUCAUGCUGCUGCAUGCUGACCAAGAGCGUGCCCUCAACUUUCUGGCGUCGUGCAUUGAUCAGGUGCAGAGCUUCGGCGACAUCCUCCAACUGGUCAUUGUGGAGCUCAUUUACAAGGUGUGCCACGCCAAUCCCGCCGAACGCUCGCGCUUUAUUCGUUGCAUCUACAAUCUGCUCAACUCAUCCUCGAAUGCAGUGCGCUACGAAGCAGCUGGCACACUGAUCACACUCUCGCUGGCACCCACCGCCAUCAAGGCUGCCGCCGGCUGCUACAUCGAGCUGAUCGUCAAGGAGAGCGACAACAAUGUGAAGCUCAUUGUGCUGGACCGUCUGAUUGCCAUGAAGGAGAACGAGAACAUGGAGAAGGUCAUGCAGGACCUGGUGAUGGACGUGCUGCGCGUUCUGGCCGCCCCGGACAUCGAGGUGCGCCGCAAGACCCUGGCUCUGGCCAUGGACUUGGUCUACUCGCGUAACAUCAACGAAAUGAUCCAAGUGCUGCAGAAGGAGGUGGCCAAGACGCACAACGUGGAGCACGAGGACACGGGCAAAUAUCGCCAGCUGUUGGUGCGCACCCUGCACACCUGCUCCAUCAAGUUCCCGGAUGUGGCCAGCAGUGUGAUCCCCGUGCUGGUGGAAUUCCUCUCCGACACCAACGAACUGGCCGCCGUCGAUGUGCUGAUCUUUAUACGCGAAGCCAUACAAAAGUUCCCGGCUCUGCGCGGUCUUAUUAUCAAGCAUCUGAUCGAGGCCUUCCCACAAAUCAAAUCGGCGAAGAUCCACCGUGCCGCCGUCUGGAUUCUGGGCGAGUAUGUGGAAGGUGAACAGAUUCCCGAGGUUAUUGCGGCCAUACAGCAGACUCUCGGCGAAAUACCCAUGGUCGAUGCCGAGCAGCGUCGCCUCGCCGGCGACCAGACCGAGGAGCAGCUGCAGCAGCAGCAACAACAAGGCACAGCCGGCGGUGGUGAACAGACAACAAACAGCACUAAUAAGGUCACAUCCGAUGGCACCUAUGCCACACAGAGCGCCUACAGCCUGGCACCCGUAACCAAGAAGGAGAAGCGACCACCACUGCGUCAAUAUUUGAUGGAUGGGGAUUUCUUCUUUGGCGCCGCCCUAUCCGCCACGUUGACCAAACUGGCGUUGCGCUACGUGGAGCUGGUGACGGAUGCGCGCACAGUGAACCGUCUCACCACACAGGUCAUGCUCAUUAUGAGCUCCAUCUUGCAUCUGGGCAAGUCUGGCUUCCCCACCAAGCCGAUUACAUACGAUGAUUCGGAUCGCAUCAUGCUCUGCCUGCGCACGCUUAGCGAGCGCACGCCGGAGGCUGUUGGCGUCUUUUUGCACGACUGCCGGGACGCACUCAGCAAGAUGCUGGAUGCCCAAACGGAGGAGGAUCAGCGAAUGCUGAAGGAGAAGCAGCGCGCCACGGCCAAGGUUCAGCCUGAUUCGCCGGUGCUGUUUGCCCAGCUCUCCAAUGGACGCGACAAUCAGUUGGGCGAGAACGUAUUCGAGUCCAGCCUGAAUCAGGCAUUGGCCGGCACCAAGACAGCCCAAAUCAGCGACAUGUCCUCGCCUAACAAUAAGCUUAACAAGGUCACUCAGCUAACUGGCUUCUCCGAUCCGGUCUAUGCCGAGGCCUACGUCAAUGUCAACCAGUACGACAUCGUCUUGGACGUCUUGAUUGUGAACCAAACAAAUGAUACGCUGCAGAACUGCACAUUGGAGUUGGCGACAUUGGGUGAUCUGAAGUUAGUGGAGCGUCCGCAUCCGGUGGUGCUGGCGCCUCACGAUUUCUGCAACAUCAAGGCCAACGUGAAGGUCUCCUCCACAGAGAAUGGUAUCAUCUUUGGCAACAUAGUAUACGACACGGCGCUGAACACCAACGUCGUGGUACUCAAUACCAUACACAUUGACAUCAUGGAUUAUAUCAUUCCGGCCAGCUGCACGGACACCGAGUUCCGUCAGAUGUGGCAGGACUUUGAGUGGGAGAACAAGGUAACCGUCAACACCAGCUUCACCGAUCUGCACGAGUACCUCAAGCACCUGUUGAAGAGCACCAACAUGAAGUGCCUGACGCCCGAGAAGGCGCUCUCCGGCCAAUGUGGCUUCAUGGCCGCCAAUAUGUAUGCCAAGUCCAUCUUUGGGGAGAACGCUCUUGCUAAUCUGAGCAUUGAGAAGCCUGUCGAUGAUCCCGACUCGAAAGUUACUGGCCACAUACGUAUUCGCGCCAAGAGCCAGGGCAUGGCACUUAGCUUGGGCGAUAAGAUUAGCUCCUCACAGAAGCAAUCGGUGCAGGCCGCCUAGUUAAUCAGCAGCAAUAUAAGCAACAGCAGGAGCCAGCACAAGAAAUUCAAGCUUAUUUAAGAGGUGGCCGAGCCGCGGCCUGCAUUCCGCCUGAUUUUGAAUAAAAGCAGACCACAACAGCCUAUUACAUACAUAUUAUGAUUAUGCAUGCAUUAUAUACUUAUUUAAUAAAGUUAAUCGCCCCAAAUU